ACUUAUCGUCCAUUUAGUUCAAAGUAAAUAUUAUAAUGGUUCGGUUCGUAAUAUUUCCUGUGAAAAGAUGUCUCUGGGCUUUUCCCAUUUUACUCUUAAUAUUGAUUUGGAAUAAUAUAAAUAUUAGGUCUAUAGAACAAAAUAUUAAUAAGGAAAAGGACCAAUUAUAUGUGAAUUCAGGAAGAUGUCAAAUGCCCUAUGUGAAUCCCUUCAAUGCCGAGGUGAUGAAAGUAUAUAAGCCUUUAAAGUUCAUACCCUGUACCAAUGAAAGUGAUUUGGUUACAGUUCACUACGAUGAGUUCAUUAAAAAGUAUGUUCUUCACAUAAAUGAAGAAGUAGUUCAUCAAAUGAUACAAUUAAACAACAAUGCUGUGUCUUGCUUUUAUCAGAAAAUUAUUUACGGCCAACAUGCUGAUGUCUAUGAUAGCUUAGGAAACAAAACUCGCUUUAAUCAGGAUUAUAUGGUGCCCCAGGACGUGGAGGGCAUGUUGGUAGAGUGUAGAACAGCAGACGAAACCAAAGUCCUUCAAAAGGAUGCCUUUGUUUUAAUUCAACCUCAAGAAAAGCUUCGAAAAUAUAGAUCACAUCGUAAGCCGAGUCUUAUUAUGUAUGGAAUCGAUACAGUAUCCCGCACAAACUUGCGUCGAACAAUGCCAAUGGUAUUUGAGUUUUUAAAAUCUCCUGGGUGGUUUGAAAUGAAGGGCUAUAAUAAGGUGGCUGAUAAUUCAUUUCCAAAUAUAUUUGCCAUGCUAACCGGAUACUCGCCAGAAACGGCAAAGACAAAAAUAUGCGAUACGGAUCUCCCGAAAUGCCUGGACAUCGUGCCCUUCAUUUGGAAGGAUCUCAAAAGGGCGGGCUAUUUGACAGCAUAUGCUGAAGACGAGGGCGUGGCCAAUACCUUUACGUAUGCGAAGCAUGGAUUCUCUGAGAAGCCGGUAGAUUAUUAUUUUCGACCUUUUCUGACUGCCCUGGAGGAGAAUACUCCUACCACACACUGCCCGGGGUGCCUAAUGAAAUACUGCCUUGGUAGGAAACUGGCCAAUAGUUAUAUUUAUGAUUAUUGCCGUCAGUUCAUGCAACGAUAUGUGGCAAAUCGACCGAUUUGGGGCAUGUUUUGGUCAAAUCACUUCAGUCACGAUGACACAUUCAUGCUUUCUGGAAUGCAACACAAAAUUCUUAAUGAUCUCUUAAACUUCGAGAGAGAUGGAGCCUUUGAACACACAAUCAUGAUAUUUUUUUCAGAUCAUGGCGCCCGGUUUGGUCCUUUGAUGCAAAUGAAGGAAGCGUUUCUGGAGGAGCGACAGCCAAUGAUGUUCAUCUAUUUGCCGCCCUGGUUCCGAAAUAAAUAUCCCCACUAUGCCAGGGCCCUGGCCCAGAAUCAGAAUCGCCUCAGCUCCAACUUCGACAUAUACAACACCUUCAGGCACAUCUUGAAAAUCGACAAAAUGCAGCAGCGAUCCAAGGUAUCCUGGUCAUACGACUGCCCCCAAUGUCAGUCCUUGUUCUAUCCAUUGCCCAAAAAUCGCAGCUGUUCGCAGGCCGCCAUAAAGGAGGAGUACUGCACGUGCCACAACUACGUGCGAGUGCGUGACACCGCGUUGAGCUGGAGAAUGGCGGAGCUAAUCGUGAAUCAAAUAAAUCAGUACCUCUGGAAGAAUCAUCUGCAGAAUUUGUGUAGCAACCUCACACUUAGGAUUGUGAAUGCAACUGAAGAGAGGAUCGACAAUUUGGAUGGAAACAUGAAUCCGGAGACUGGAUUGCGUUACUAUCACUCAAAGUUUCAGGUUCACCAGAACUUUGGCGAAUUCUUUGCCACUAUCCUGUAUAACAAGGACAACGAGGAGCUGAAACUUAAUGUGGAACUCAUCAGUCGCAUCAAUAUGUAUGGAAACGAUUCAGUCUGUGUGCAAAAUAAAAUUCAGAAGCUUUAUUGCAUUUGUGUCACAGAACUAAAUACUAAAUAAUUUUGAAUUUUUU